AACGAGCUGUGAAUGUGACGUCAAAGCUCAGAGGCAGAUACUUUUGAAAACUCUGCGCAAGCGCACAAAGUGCAAGGAACUCGGAGGCGUGGAGAAGACCGUACAGCAAGCCGACGCUUAUUCCUCGUUUGCUGAUUUUGUGAAUGUUUGGACGGAGAGGCGCACGGCUGAGGGUCUUUAACCAUCUAGAGGUCAACUAAGCGUUGGUGAAAAGGAUACCAAGUGCCACUCUUCUCCGAUAUUCUGUCAUCUUGACAUCUUCAAAUGGCUUUCAACAGCUCUAAGCCCCAAGAGAACUCUGGGCAGGCAUACUUCAGGAGAAGAAGAUCUGAUGAGGAAGUAGCUGCUGUGUCUGGUUUGAUACGAAGAUUUUCUGAAGUUAUUAAAACAUUUAAUCAUGAGGACCUCCUUAAGGUCACAAAAUACUACAAGCCCUAUAUGGACUAUGUAAUUGAAUGCAACAUCGUAAGUGUCCUACAGAACCUAGUCACCAAACGCAUCCUCACCAAUGAUGAGGCUAAGAAAUUCAAAGCCAAAGAAAUUAAUAAGGAGACAGAAAAUGUGGAGUCCAUCAUCGGUGACGUGAUCAACAAAGAUAGCAUGAUGCUGGUCAGCAUGUGGCAGGCAUUGGCUGAAGAACUUGAGAGAUUUCCAUUACCAAAUCUGACAAGAAUACUGGAGGAGUUGACAGAGGGGGGUCUGGACCUCUUCAAGGACAUUCAUACCAGUUUUCAACCUUUUCCCAUUGAUGCUCAUAUUAAAGGCCUCCAAGAGACACACAAAGAUGGUGUAUCUGAACCCACAAGGACUCUGGAGGAUCAGGCUUCUCCUAGGUAUCCACAAACCAAAGCUGUGGGCUUUGAGACUCGAUAUACUGAGUUGAUGGUCAUUGGUCAAUACAGAAGGAUCAACCAUGAAAAGCUUCAUGAACUAGAGAAGAUGGGGAGGACUCAUGCCAUGCUGGUCGAGGAGAAGACAAAAAUGAAAUGUGAGCCUAUCUGGACUGAGCAGCUUUUCAGAAGGAGUAUAGAGAGUGAGACUCCUCCCCACAUCAUAGUAGUUAGUGGAGUGGCAGGAAUUGGGAAGACCACUAUGGUUCAGAAGAUCAUGUUUGACUGGGCCAAAGGCACUCAGUACAAGAGGUUUUCAUUUGUGUUUCUUUUUAAAUUCAGGGAGCUCAACUUACUAGACACAGAAACAGAGCCACACAUGGCUCUGACCAGGCUGAUCACAAGGCACUAUAAAUAUCUUAAUGAUCUUAGAUUGAGUGAAAUCCUUCAGAAACCGGAAUCUCUCCUCUUUAUAUUUGAUGGUCUGGAUGAGUAUAGACACAAACUGGACUUCACACAGAAGCGGCUUUGUUCAAACCCAGAUGACUACUGUCCUAUCCCUAUUCUGAUCACCAGCCUGAUCAGUCAGACAUUACUUAAGGGCUGUUCAGUGCUCAUAACAACCAGGCCGUCAGCCCUGGAGUCCCUGAACAUGAAAAGAGUGGAUCGAUUUGUAGAAAUCCUAGGAUUCUUCCCUGAACAAAGGCUGUUGUUCUUUAAAAAAUUCUUUGGUGAUGCUGAUCAGGCUGCUGAGGUUUUUCAGUAUGUGGAGGAGAAUGCCAUCCUGUAUACCAUGUGCUUCAACCCCUCGUUCUGCUGGAUUAUUUGCUGUGUGUUGAAGAGCUACUUCAUGACACCUAAAGAAGAGCGAGGAGCUGCCCCCAGAACUUUCACUGAGCUCUUUGUGAUGUUCCUUUGCAACACCCUGACCAAUUACAGGAGAGAAGCCAAGGACCAGCGAAGGAUUCUAGUAAAAUUGGCUAAAAUGGCUUAUUAUGGGGUGGCUAACAGGAUUCUUGUGUUUUAUGACAAGUUUGAGAUGUCCACCUUUGGUCUCCAGUCAGUCCCAUCCUCUAUGUUUCUCUCAGGGUUUCUCAAAGAAAUCCUUCAAAGAGAAAGCACUCUGGAGCAAACAGCAUACACGUUCUACCAUAUUACCCUGCAAGAGUUCAUAGCCGCCUGCUCUUUCUAUCUCGAUCCAUCAGGGGGUGUUGAGGAGCUUCUUGUGAUGCUGGACUCCUGUGAAGAUGGACGAUUUGAUAUUCUUAUUCAGUUCCUAGCCGGACUGACCAGGCCUUCUCUUUUUAAAGCACUGUGUGGAAUCCUGGGGGAGUUUGAGUGGAAGACGACACAACAGAUACUGGAGUGGGUAAAGAGGAAAGCUGUGCAGGGACUACAGGGCCAAGAUAAAAGUGAAGCUCUGCGAGUGUGUCAAUGGCUCUAUGAGACUCAGAAUGAGAAAUUAAUCAGAAAUGCUAUUGGGAAGGGUUUAAGGAUGGACUUCAGUUCCAUGACUUUAUCUCCUCUGGACUGUGCUGUGCUGAGCUCUGUCAUCAGCUGCUGUGGGGAACUUGAGGAGCUUAACCUGUCAAACACACACCUCAUCCCAGAGUGCAUCAGGAGGCUGGCACCGGGUCUCAGCUGCUGUAGACAUGUCAACCUGUCGUCAUGUUGUCUCACAUCCAGAUGUUGCUCAAUUCUCUCCUCAGUCCUUUCAUCUCCACACUCACAGCUGACUGACCUGCAGCUGAGUGACAACAGCAUAGAGGACUUGGGAGUAGAUGAGCUGUGUGAGGGGCUAAGGAGUGAAAACUGUAGAUUAGAAAAACUGAGCCUCUCUCAAUGUGGUCUCACCUCCAGAAUUUGCUCAGCUCUCUCCUCACUCCUGUCUUCUCCAGUCUCACAUUUGAUUGAACUGGACCUGAGCAAAUGCAACAUUACAGAUUCAGGAGUAGCUCAGCUGUGUGAGGGUAUGAAAAGUGAAAACUGCAAAUUAAAGAAACUAAGCCUGUCUAAUUGUGGUCUCACCUCCAUAUGUUGCUCAGCUCUCUCCUCGAUAUUCUCUUCUGAACACUCAAGGCUGACUUAUGUGUUUUUGGACAAUAAUAAGCUGGGAGUUUCAGGAGUGACUCAGCUGUGUGAGGGAUUAAGGAACUCAAACUGUAAAUUAGAGACACUAUGGAUAUAUGCUAAUGGGAUCGGUGAGAGUGAGAAGAAGGACCUGAGGUCACUACAGGCACAGCUGAACAGAACUGGGCAGCAGGUGUAUAUCAUCACAUGAGAAGACUGAAUUUGAUGAUCAACUGACCCUCAGAGACAGCGCCCAUACCCAUGCACUCUAAAUUCUUCUCUUUAUUCUUUUGUAAUCUCGUCAGCUCUCUUUCACAUACUAUCUCUCUGUCUUC